AUGGCAGAGGCCGAUGCAACCGCAGCCGGGCCUCUGAACGAACCCGCUCCCAGUCACAGCCCAUCUACCUCGACUCCCUCAUCGUCCAACGCACAGCAACCUUCUCCAGCCUUUGUCGCGCCGAGCGACUACCUACGGCCUCGCGAGCGCGCCCAUGGCUCUAAGUCAAGAGGCCCCAUGAGCCCCCUCGACCAUGAACAGCUUGAUGGCCUUGUCAGUCGGACCCCACCUACCCGUCAACUCUCUUCUAACCAUUGUCUGCAGCGAGCCAUUCGCGAGUUCCUCAAGGCCCGCACAAGCUACGACGUCCUGCCCCUCAGCUAUCGCCUAAUCGUCUUCGACACCGCUUUGCUGGUCAAGAAGAGUCUUAAUAUCCUCAUCCAGAACGGUACGCAUACACACCCGUCCAUCACCUCUAUCCUCGUUGACACUUAUCGCUGA